AUGUCGGCACCGCCGAACCUCGGGAGGAUCAAGAUCGACCCGUUACGAGGCCAAGAUGACUACCGGGCGUGGCACGAUACGAUGCGGGCGGCCAUCCACCUGAACAAGUGGGACAAGUGGGUCUUUGGCACCGAGCCACGUCCGACGACUCCGACCGAGGACUCUGAGCAGAAUCGGGUCUGGGCCAAGGCGUCGCAGGAGGCCCGGGACGAGAAAGACCGCGAGGCGUACUGGUACAUCUCGCUCAACGUCGCUGGCAAGGCGAGGAACCUCAUCAACGAGACGACGAGCGCAUCCACCGCCUGGAACAUCCUCAAGCAGUCCUACGGUCAGAUCUCGACGUCGCAAUCGCACGUCGCGGCGGUGACAAAGAGCAUGCACCAGCUCGACCUCAAGCACAUUCUUGACCCCUGCCAGUGGUCGCGCCUUACCUCCGACCCACGUCAACAAGUCAAUCCAAGUCCUGCGGCACAAAGGGCGACACCCUGCGCUGAGGAGUCCGGCGAGCAUCGCGCCUGCGAGGGUCUCCUUCGACAAUAA